AUGGUCAAUACCACGGGAGAUCCUAUGCAGAUCAAUGUAUCAUCUGUCAUUGAAGCAAUUCAGAAUGAAGCUAACCGCCAACUACAGGAAGAGAUCUCGGGUCUUCUACAGAAACUCAUUCACCUCUCUGUGGAUGAUCAAACGAUAGCUAACAUAACUACUGAAACGGUAAAAACGAAACUUCCGGCAACGUCCACAACAAGUGUUAUAACAGCUGACACAACGGCGGUAACAAUGACCAAUGAAACAACAACAGUAACCAAUCAGCCAGAAUACACUACUGCAGAAACACAAAUAUCUAUGUCUUACCAAACACCGUCCACUACUGAAAUCAAACCACCAACCACAUUGCUAGCACCAACCACAUCUGAGGAAGAUACAUUUACUUCUCAAAGAUCCACAACUACAACUACAAUGGAACCAACACCAAUUUUCGGAGCAAUAAAUACCACAAUGGCCUCAUCUGAUGCAUAUACUUUGACCAUUCCCCGGUCUACAACUACAACUAAACAAACAUCGACUUUGGAAGCAUCAGCUACAAGUGAAGAAAACGUAGUAGAUACUCAAUCAGCAGCAAUUACAGAUAUACCAAGAUCUACCUUCCUUGCAACAACAGAAAAUGAAGGCAAUAAAAGUAUCCAACCAUCCACGUCUACAUUCGAAGCAACUGGUGAAGAAAAUGCAAUGGCUAUUACAACAUCAAUAAGCAAAUAUCUACCAAGAUCUACUUCUCAAACAAUAUCCACCACUGAUGUGGAUACGAUUACUAUUCAAUCGUCCAUAACUAAAACGAAAGCAACAUCUACUCUCGAAACAACAACCAACGGUGAAGAAAAUACAACGGCCACUCGACAAACAACAAGCGCAAAUAUACCAAGAUCGACUUCCCAAGCAGCGAUUAGCACUAAAGUGGAUACAAUGAACAUUCAAUUAUCCAACAUGUUAACCAAAUCAACAUCUACUGACGCAGUAGCAAUCAAUAGUAAAGCAAAUACAACGACUACUCAGUCAGUAAUACCUACAGAUAAACUAAGAUCUACCUUCCAUGCAACAAGCAUCACUGAAGCAGAUUCGACGACUAUUCAACUACCUACAACUGUCGAAGUAACAACCACGAAUGAGGAAAAUACAAUUAGUACUCAACCGACAGCAAGUACAAAUUUACCAAGAUCUCCUAUUCAAGCAACAACCACCACUCAAGCAAUUGCAACUUCAUCUAUGUCAACUACAAUUGAUACAGCAACGUCUAAACAUCCAGCAAAGUCUAUAAAUGAAAUCACAAUAACAACUAUUAUCCCAAAAGAGACUGCUGAUCAAGAAAGUUUAAGUUCUAUGAAAGGAACACUGGCUUUUCAGACAGGAAUAGUUAGUACCGAAACAAAGCCAACUACUCAAUUAUUAGCAACUACCUCUAUAUUACAUAACAUUGUCAUUGAAACCAAGGCUACUAGUAAAACAAUUACAACUACCAAACAUUCCUACCUAAGGAAUCUAACUGAAACAGCAGCUGAAAUCGUUCCAUCAGCACGAACUACGUAUGCUGCAGGGAAAACAACGACGGAACCAGCAAACGUUACCAUGGAAACAACAGUAAUGGAUUCUCAACCAACAACAAAAGUAACAACAUCUGGUACUGAAGAGACAAUGUUUAUUACUCAACAUACAAAUCAAACUACAACAUCUACAUCAUCAGAAGCAAAAAUUCAACAGCUUACAUCAUUUAUACGACCAUCAAGAGUUGCCAAAGAAACACGUAUGGCGAGUUAUCAACCACCAACACCAACACUACCGAGUAUUCAACUAUCAACCACUGCUAAAUCAACAACAACCAAUGAAUCAACAAUUAUUGUUAAGGCAGAGAUUUCCCCAACAAUAACCACAGAGACACCAUCUAUUACAAAAACAGAAAUGGAUGUCAUGGAAGCAAAGACAAAGACUACUUUCUUACCUUUAGCAACUGCUUUCAAUAACACUACUACCUCUUUAGCAAAUAUAACCUCUAAGGCAAUAUUAACUGAACCACUGACAACAUUUAGACAACCCAGAACAGCUAAUACAAACACUAUUCAACCAACACCGACUGUACAACCAAAAUUAACUACAACAAAAUUGAUGGCUACUACCACCGAGUCCGCAAAUAUAACUAUUCAAUCAGUGACGACCACUCGAGAGACACCAAUAUUUACCAUGGACAAACCAUCGACGACAAUUCAAACACCCCCUAUUACAGAAACAACAACGUCUGUGUAUCAAUAUGUUUGUCAGGACAAGAAUUCAAUUGUGGGUAAAGGAUGGAUCUGUGUUCUUCCAUUUUACAGCAACAUCACAACGGAGACAGAUUCCAUUAAGUUUUGCAGGAUCAUUUGGGAGAUUUUUAUCUGCACUCUAGACUGCAUAGAAAAAGACUUCAAUGUCACGUGUCCCUUUGGAAGCAUUCAAAUGGUUGUCAACAUCUAUAGUCCUAUACUUCGUGGCUCUUUACCGAUGUCCUAUAACCCAUUAAACUGUAAGAAAGGUUAA